GCCCUGCAAAACAAACGAAUUGCACGUGCGAAGUUGAAAUUUUCAUGGAAAAUAUUAAAUUAUCCUAAAAUUCAUCGAAAAAUACGAGAAAAAUGAUUGCGAAUUCAAAAUUAAAGGAAGUUUUUGAAGUUGACAAAGAGUUUGGUGCCUUUUACACGGGCGGAAAAGUUGCUUGGUCCAAAGAUGCCAGCAAGAUUUAUUGUCAGAACGUCACAAAAAUCAACAUUGUCGAUAUCGAAACUGUCUCCAUCACAUCCAGCAUCGGUCAAAAUGUAGAAGAUGAGGACUUGGAAGAUCAAAUUUACACUUUUGCCCUCAGUCCGGCAAACGAUUUCAUUGUUUCAGCUCAUAAAAGUGCUUUGCUGAAGUUGUGGCAGGUCGAAGGCGAAGUAAAACUGAAGAAAAUGUGGAAAUCUUUGCAUAAUGGACCGAUAUCGCAGAUUGAAUUCAACGAAGAUCAAACAUUAGUUGCGAGUGGCGGCAUUGACGGCAUCAUUCGUUUGUGGAAUUUCGACUUGCAAGUAUGUGCGGCGACAUUAAAAGGCUGUCAAGGUGUCAUUUCAGCAAUGAAAUUUGUGAAAUCAAGCGAUGGCGAAGUAGAAUGGCUCGUUGCUGCCGGAGAUGAUCACGUCAUUAACGCAUUUAACUUGAAAACUGGCCAAUUGGAGAAACAAUUCAAGUCACAUUUCUCCACAGUGACAGAUUUUUCGUUCUGUGGCGAGUUCAUGGUAUCAACAGGACGUGAUAAAGUCGUUAUUUUAUGGAAUUUUGACGAAAUCAAGCACAUUCGUACGAUUCCCGUGUACGAAAGUAUCGAAACAGUUCAUAUCUUGGCACCAUCGAUGAAGUUACCUGGCGGAAUUAAAGUCGGCAAAACCGAUAUUUUCGCAUUAAUUGGCGGAGAAGAAGGCGAUUUGAAGGUUUGGGACAUGAACAAUUCGAAACUCGUGUAUAAACAAGAAAAUCCUCUCCUGAAGUCAGCAGAACAAAAAGGCGGAUUGUCAAUUACUGACGUGGUUUAUAACGAAUCAUCCAAACAAAUUGCCGUUGUGAGUGUCGAUCAUAACAUCGUGAUCCACAAAAUUUCGUCUUUCAAGUGUGUCAAACAGCUCGUUGGGUUCAGCGAUGAAAUUAUCGAUUUGGUACUUGUGGGACCAAAAGACAAAUUUAUCGUAAUGGCAAGUAACAGCCCGGAUAUCAAGGCAUUCGAUCGCGAAACGAUGAACUGCAAAUUAUUAAAAGGUCACACAGAUAUCGUUCUCGGGCUGUGCGGAUACAAAUCGUGGCUCGUGUCAUCAGGAAAAGACUGUUCAGUUCGUGUUUGGCACAUUGACGCCGAAAAUUUCGAAUUUACGUGCGUUGCUAGUGGCACGCGUCACACAGCAGCUGUUGCCGCCGUCGAUAUCAGUAGAUCACUGGACUUUUUCGCAUCUGCCAGUCAAGAUAAAUGCAUCAAAGUAUGGAAAAUGGUGAAAGAACGUGCCGCCGAUUCGAGCGAAUGCAUGUUAAAUUGCAUCAAUUCCCAAUUGGCACACGAAAAAGACAUCAAUUCGAUAAAAGUCUCGCCAAACGACAAAUUUAUCGCUACUGGAUCGCAAGAUAAAACCGCAAAAUUAUGGGAUGCUCGAACGUUGGAGCUCGUUCAUGUCUUCCGGGGGCAUCGACGUGGCAUUUGGACCGUUCAAUUCUCGCCUGUGGAUCAAAUUCUUCUUACCACAUCUGCUGAUUGUACGAUACGUUUAUGGUCUCUUUCCGACACAACUUGCUUAAAAUCCUUCGAAGGACACGAAAGUUCCGUGCUAAAGGCGUUAUUUGUGACUGACGGAAUGCAAAUCUUGUCGACAGGCGCAGAUGGUCUCAUAAAAUGUUGGAAUAUCAAGAAUUCCGAAUGCGUUCAAACUCUCGACAGGCAUCAGAGUCGCAUUUGGGCGGUUGCUGUGGCAUCUGAUGAAACAUGUUUCUACACUGGAGGCGCCGAUUCGAUGCUGAUUCUGUGGAAAGACGUCUCCGAAGAGAAACGCAUCGAAAAAAUCACAAAAUUACAGGAAACAGCAUUGGAAGAUCAACAACUUUCAAAUUUGAUUCAUCAAAAGAAAAUGUUGAAAGCAUUAAAAUUGGCAUUGAAACUCGAUCGUCCCGCAACGACACUCAAAAUAAUCAAUACAAUUAUCAAGACAAGGGAAGAAGGCUUGGAAGACACAAUUGGCAGCUUAAAUGAGGGAAAUAAGGAAAGUUUGUUACGACAUGCGAUAAAUUGGAACACAAACGGAAGAAAUACCGUGGCAGCACAACUUGUCAUCAAUAUUUUGUUAUCAGACGUGCUAACGAAGAAACUCAAUGUCAAAGGCUUGCGAAAUGUGAUCGAAGAAACGCUUCCCUACACCGAACGACACUUCAACCGAAUGACGCAGUACCUGAAGGACAUUCAAAUUCUCAACUACACGCUGAAUUGCACACAACCGCAUCUCUCGGAGAUAAAGAUGGAAGAGGAAUCCGACUAAUUUAUCUUCGUUGCAAUUUUUAAUGAUAAAUUUAUACAUAAAUAAAUGAACUUGAAAACAGACUUGUUCGUCGUAUGCACUGAGAGUGAAAGUAAUAAUUCGAAAAACGUGACUUUUGACCUUGAGUUUUCCAUUUUUUAAUUGAAAAACGUUAAAAAUGUCGUCCAAGUUUAGAUGAGAAAUUUCAAAUAUUCCCAAGUUGCUUGAAAAACUUGUAAAUUGAAACAUUACUCGCAUUAAUUAAGUGUUAAAAUGCAAUUUUUCAAUACAAAGUUGUCACCAAAUACCAUCCGUCUCCACACAAUUCUAUUUUUAUCAAGCUUAAAAUUACAACGAAAUCAUUAAACGGUCCAUAUCUCUCGCCAGUGCUUAUGAUAUAUAAUGCUAACAAACGUGUUGUCACUAAACAAAUAACUUUAUUUAAUUACUGUGUGCAACUUGAACAAAUUAAACGGUUUUCCGUAAAAGCAUGAGCAAGAAAAUUCUUGACUCAUAUUCGAAAGAUAAAAAAUUUACGUAGAUUUCGUUAUAAUAAUAUUUUUUUCCAUUGAAAGUUUAAGUUUUAUUAUAUUGACAAAAGAUUAAAUCAUGUGAGUAUCAUGAGCAAACAGAAGCGCGAGAUGCAAAGUAUUUUUUUUAUUCACUAAAUAAACGAAGACGACACACGGUUAAACAAAAGAAAAGGAAACAAUUGAAAAUGCAGACCAAGAUUUUUUUUUAUCUUUUUUCAAACGCGACAUUGUGGUUUUUUACUUUAUUUAUUGUGUAUAUAAGCGGUUAUUGAAAAUAUUAUUUGAAAAUUUUAAUUUAUUGUAAAUUAAAACCGCCUUUUAAUUAAUACUUAAGUGUAAUUUAAUUGAUUAAUAACGAAAUGAUUGUUUGAUAAAAAUAAAUAUAUAUGUUGUAAUUUACCGAAUAAUCAACACAUUAGAUUUUUAUCAUUAAAUUAAUUUUAUUGCAACAUAUUAUUGAUAAUA